GCACUAAAUCUGAAUUGAUUAACAUCAUGUGUAACACGUCGCAUGUAAAGGAUGAAAUGGACGUUUGUUGCUAUCGUGACUGGAGUUUAUAUUUCAUCAAUUGUAGUUCUCGUGCUGUACUUCCCCAGCAAAGAUGACGUUGACGCCGCCGACAUUUUACGUUUCUGUGAUCGGAGGAUGCAGAUUUUGCGUCGACAGAUGGAAUCAAAAGUCAACAAAACAAUAUCUCAACCUCUACGUGUGAACAGCUCCAACACCAAGAGUGAUGAUUUCGAGCAACUUGGACCGGGAGCGUACGGAGCAGCAACGAACCUUGACUGGGACAGGAUGUCACCAGAAGACGUGCAGGAGCGGACGCGGCUGCUCUGGAAGUACGACUACGAUGCCUUCAUCAGCGACAUGGUAUCUGUCCACCGACAGCUGCCCGACAUCCGGCCACAAGUAUGUCGUUCUCGGACGUACGGCCCGCUCCCAACUGCCAGUAUCAUAAUCCCAUUCCGGGACGAGCGAUUGUCCGUACUUCUCCGUACAGUUUACAGCGUUUUGAGAAAAACGCCCGCCCAACUUUUCACUGAGAUCAUUUUGAUAGACGACGGCUCUACAACCAACGAGUUGAAGACGCGACUCGACACGCACCUGCGCCUGCUACCGAAAGUCCGAGUUAUCCGGAUGAGGGAGUCGGUGGGGUUGAUGGUGGCACGCCAGGCAGGGAUUGAUAGCGCCCGGGCAGACUAUUUCGUCUGUAUGGAUUGCCACGUGGAGCCAGUCACAGGCUGGCUGGAGCCCCUUCUCCAGCGACUUGUAGAGAACCCAAAGGCUUGUCUACAGUCCAACGUCGGCAUAAUCCGGCGGGACAACUUCGCCACGGAAUUCAAGUGGAAGCAGACGACAUUUCCAAUGUUCCUUUUCAUGCUGGACGAAAUUCACGAGCCCUACCGGAAGGAAUUUCUUGAAGGCAGAAAUACAUCGGAACCCAUUCCUCUAGGUAUGGUUCAAGGGAUGGUGAUAGCGAUGAAGAAGUCGUGGUUCCAGACGCUGGGAGGCUUCGAUCCGGGCAUGAAGGUGUGGGGCGGUGAGCAGGUCGAACUGUCGGUCAAGGUGUGGACGUGUGGGGGCGUGGUCGAAAUGGUUCCCUGCUCGUGGGUGGCUCACCUUUUCAAACAGCGGAUUAUCUGGGACGUGGGAGUGUCUCGCCUCACCAACGUGCUCCGUGUGGCCGAGGUCUGGCUUGAUCAAUACAAAGACGUACUGCAGGAGUAUUGGCCAAAUUUGACCAAACAGACACAGAUAGAUGUGGGCCCUGACCUGGCUAAACGGAAACUGAUACGGCGAAAGCUGCACUGUAAACCUUUCCAGUACUACGUGGACACUGUUCAAGUAUUUGGUCAUAUCCACUUUCCUGUGGACAACAUUAAACAUGGAUGGCUGAUAAACAACGGAACAGGGAAAUGUUUAGUCUUGAAAGAAGAUGUCCUCGCCCUGGGCGACUGCAGCAUGUAUACAGCUUUAUACCAGUUUUUCGAGUACACGUCCGAGCAGCACCUUCGGCACAGAGGGUUGUGUGUCUGUUCCAACCCCAACGGGAAAUCCUCUCUCACACUCGCCAAGUGUUUCAGUGUGGCGUCGAAUAUUUCAACUUGGAACUAUACGGAUGGCUAUAUGAAGCACGUGUCCACAGGUAAAUGUUUGACGGUGACACGUGAGGCACAUAACUUCGUGCUAGAACCGUGCCUUCCGGGGGAACCAAGUCAACUCUGGGGAUGGAAGCUGUGGAACACAUAAGUGAUUGACCAUGCGUUGAACCACGCAGUAUUGUUUCAUACUUUUAUUGUAUUUAAGUAAAAUCUCAAAAAGACAAACCUUCAAUGCGCUCACUUCAAUAGCCUUACGUUGACGAUAGUUUUCCACCAUUUUCACGAAUUAGGUGAUCUCAUAGAAAUUC